AUGGCCCAACCAAAUGGCGUCAAUGGCCAUGGUCCCUCGGGACCUGGCCGGGAAGCGAGGCCGAUCCCAACUUUUGUUGGGGAGCCACAUGAUGGCAACCCCAUCGCGGAAAUCAUUCACGGACAGGAGGGGAUCGUCAAUCUCCUCCGAUAUGUGGAGGAAGGAAUUGGCAACCUCCACGAGGCGGCACUCGCCGAAAACUCCUCUGACGAAGAACUCAAGCUGCCCGUGCGAAUAUUGUGGCAUACAUUCAAUGGAUACAAGUUUUACUCCAAGACCUCGAGCGGGAAGUUUAGACAUGUGAGAGAUCAGGUGGUUAUGGGAUGCAGUCUGGAUCCUAUGGCCUGGGUUGGUUCUCUCUUCCUCUCUCGCUCUGCUUAUCCUAUCGUUACCCAUCAUACAAUCCCUGACUCCAUGCAUAUUGCUAUUCAGUAG